GUACAGAGCGCAUAUGACGGGAUCACGUGGUUGGUAGCAACCGAACACAGUGAAGAGAAAAGAGAUGGCGAUGCUCGGCGGCUUCAGCUCGACACAGCACAAGAAAAACGUCUCUGACGCCAACAGCGACGUGUCCGAGUUUAUCUGUCCAGUUUGUCUCGAGAUAUUCGACAGUCCCGUCACAACACAAUGCGGCCACACAUUCUGCCAAAGCUGUUUGCAGAAAUGUUUGCGUCCACAGAAACCCGCGUGUGCCGUGUGCCGGGCCGCGCUCGGCCAUUGCACUAAAGCCGUGGAGCUCGAGGCCCUUAUCCAAUCAUCUGUGGCAGCGUGCAAGGGGUGCAGAGCUCAGGUUGCCCUUUCUCAGAUGAGACUCCACACAGGUGCUUGCCCAAAAUACCAGGAGUACAUUGAGGAAGGAGUUAGGACCACUGCCCAGAGCCAGCCUGCUAUCAUCAGCCCAGUGCCAAAUCGUUAUACUUUUACCUGCCCUUACUGCAACUGCCAGAACCUCGAUCAAGACGGCCUGGUUGAGCACUGCACUUCGCAGCAUGCCCGCGAUGCACGACAAGUGGUAUGCCCCAUCUGCGCCUCCAUGCCGUGGGGGGAUCCAAACUACCGGAGUACCGAUUUCUUCCAACACCUGAAGAUCAGACACACUUUUUCAUAUGAUACCUUUGUUGAUUACUCUACAGAUGAGCACACAAUGAUCCAGGAGGCUUUACAGCGCUCCCUUCUGGACAACUGAAGUGUGUAGAAGAAAAAUCUGGAAGAAGAAAUCGGCACAAGGGAGGAUGGGCAUGCGAUGUCUUAAGAAGGCAGAGCAGCACACUAUGGUGGGGUCAUGAAAAAGGUGGAUGGUUAUGAGAUUGUAUCCAUGAAUAUAAAGGUUAAUAUGACCGAAAUAAACCGUGCAACACACUUGAAGAGCAUAUUGUCUGGUUUAGGUGUGUUGUUGGUGUCAUCUCAUAUCCUCCUACCCAGUGCAGCCUAUUGAAUAUUUACUAACCAAUAGAGCAAUUCACUAGUUCAUGGCCUCGUGUCAUCAAACCUCUGAUUUGCAAACCAUGUUCCUUGUCAAUGCAAGGUUAGCGUACUACCAGUAGUAAACCUGGCUUCACUGAAGAGUUUACAUAAUUUAUGGCAAUUUCACACAAGUGGUUCAAAGGGUAGGGUGAGGAGAUUUUUUCUUUCUUUUUUUUAACAUUGUGUAUUUGGAAUGAAAUAAAUAAGAGGGUCCAACUCA